GUUUUUCCAAACCUUUCUAGAACACCCCUCCCCCAUGAGUUCUAUAAAGCAUCUUUAGAUUGUUUUCGUGCACGAAUCCUUAUAAUUCUUCAUAGAUCAAACACGUUAAUCAUACUCAUCAGCAUCGUCAUACUCUGUUGGUGUUCGUGUUCGUGUUCGUGAUUUGUCAUCGUUGGACGUCGCCGUCGUGAGAGGAAACAGACUUGUGGCGGAAGUUAUGUUCGUGUCAUUUCUCCGGUGUAUUCGAAUUCAACAAGUACACGCUCAUGGAAGAAACUAAAAGGUCAUCGUCAUCAUCAUCAUCAUCAUCAUCAUCUACGGUUACAAUACACCUUUCGAAUUACGAUCUGGCUCGAUCUCGAUUGUUCCUUUCUGGAUUUUACUGUUGGGGCUGGGAAUUCCUCACUGCUCUUUUGCUGUUUAGUUGUUAAUUAAUUAAUUCCUUGAUUUUAGCUCUUCAAUUAGUGUAGAAUUUAGGUAAUUUAUUUAGAGAAAGAGAUAUCGAUCGGAAGUAGGUGAGAUUGAAAAAAAAAAUGACGAAUCGGUCUGUUCCGGCGCCGUUUCUGACGAAGACGUAUCUGUUGGUGGAUGAUCCGGCCACGGAUGAUGUGAUUUCGUGGAAUGAAACCGGAUCAACGUUCAUCGUCUGGAAAACUGCUGAUUUCGCGAGGGAUUUGCUUCCAAAUUCCUUCAAACACAAUAAUUUCUCUAGCUUCGUUCGUCAGCUUAAUACUUAUGGAUUCCGUAAAACUGUGCCGGAUAAAUGGGAGUUCGCAAAUGAGAAUUUUAAGCGUGGGCAACGAGAGCUUUUAAUCGAAAUACGUCGUCGGAAAACCGUACAGUCAUCCCAAGCUAAGCCGACGGGUGACGGUGGUCCGGCACAAUCGCCAAGUAUUUCCGGUGAUGAUCUCGGAUCCAGCUCCACAUCUUCGCCGGAUUCGAAGAAUCCGGGAUCAGUCGACACUCCGACGGUGGAGAAGCUGGAGAAUUUGUCCGACGAAAACGAGAAACUGAAAAAGGAGAACCGGAUUCUGACGUCGGAGCUUGCACAAAUGAAGAAACAGUGCGACGAUCUGGUGGCGUUUCUGACACAAAACGUGAAAGUGGCGCCGGAUUAUAUCAAUCGCAUCAUGAAAGGAGGUGCCGUGGUUGGUGAGAUGGCGACGGCGACGGUGACUGCCGGCGAUGAGUUUAAUGAUGAGGGAGGAAAAGGAGAAUGUUUUAAGUUGUUUGGGGUAUUUUUGAAAGAAGAAACGAAAAAGAGGGGCUUUGAUGAAAUAAAUGUUUCUUCAGGGGCUCAAAGGAAAGAAAUGAAAAUAAGUGGACAGUCAACCAAAGUCUGCAAUUAACGAAUAAGAAUGUGACACGUCAUGGGAUUGGUCCAAGAAUAUAUAUCCAAAAGAAUAAUAAUG